CAGUGUUACAAAAAAUGGCGCUUUGGUUGGGUUAAUGUGGGUAGAGAGGCAAAAUAUAUUUAAAAAAUCUAAAUAGUUUUUGGACCGCUUGCUGUUAAGGAUUCCAAAUUUGUUAGUGUCGUAAUCGAAUUCAAAAUGAGUGGAUUUAAUUUUGGUGCCUCGUCCGGUGGCUUUAACUUCGGUACCCCCAAGACGACAGCAGGGGGCACUCCUGGGUUUUCACUGACUGGGGCCAGCACCACAGGAACUACAGGAGGUGGGUUCUCCUUUGGGACCCCUUCCCAGGCUCCUGUCCAGCCCUCUAGUCUCUUCUCCAUGGCUACUCCGGCAAGCUCUGGUUCUCAAACAGGAUUCAGCUUUGGAGCCCAAGCCACUUCAACACCAGCAGCAGCACCUGUCCAGACCACUGGAGGGGGGUUCUCAUUUGGUGCCAGUGCUCCAAAGGUAAACCUUGCCAUGCCGAAUCCCACCCAGGCCUUGACCACUGCUGGUCUGACCCUGGGUAACAGCAUGGCAGCCUCCACAGGGACAGGGUUCUCCCUUGGGGGAGCACUGUCCACCCAGAGCACAGCAGCCCCUUCUGGAGGGGGGUUCAGCUUUGGUUCUAGUGGGAGUCUAGGGGGUGCCAUAACACAACAACAACAACAACAACAACAGCAGCAGCAGCAGCAGCAGCAGCAGCUACUACAACAACAACAACCAGCAGCCAGUGGAUUCUCCCUUGGGAGUAGUGCUGCUGCCCAGCCUUCUGUGGGGUUUUCUUUUGGGGCAGCAAAGGUGCAGGUGACCACAACGGCCCCCAGUGCAACCAGCGGGGGAUUCUCGUUUGGGAAUAACACUGCCCCUGCAACCAGCCAACCCGCAGCGACACUUUCCCUUGGUGCUCCAACAACAGGGCUUACUUUGGGAUCCUUAGCACCAGCUUCAACUGCAGCAGCGGCCACAGGGACCACAACCCAGGGGACAGGCAUGUUAUUUGGUGCCAAACCCCAAGCCUUAACCUCCGCAGCCCCCACCACCACCCUGGCCAGCACAACAUUAGGGUCCUCUCUCUUUGCUUCACCGGCCCCCGUCUCAUCAGCUCCCUCCAGCUUCACACUUGGGUCUACAACUGCCCCUACAGCUACCUCUUCAGCAGCAUCAGCAGCAGCAGGAGGAGGAUUGGGGUUCAUGCUGAAGCCUCUGGGGGUCACCACAGCAGCCAGCACUGCUCUGUCAGCUGCUGCCCCCACAGGUGCAGUCACUGGGUUCUCCCUCGGAAUGAAACCUGCAGGAUUGGGCACUAUUGGAACCACAGCUCCCCCUGCCACCACCACCACCAUCACAGCAACUGCAGCCUUAACAGCCAGUGCCCCCCCAGUAAUGACAUACUCCCAGCUGGAGAACCUGAUAAACAAGUGGAGUCUGGAGCUAGAAGACCAGGAGAGGCACUUCCUGCAGCAGGCAACACAGGUCAAUGCCUGGGACCGCAUGCUUAUCGAGAAUGGCGAGAAGAUCACAUCUCUACACAGAGAGGUUGAGAAAGUGAAACUUGACCAGCGAAGGCUGGACCAGGAGAUGGAUUUCAUCCUGUCUCAGCAGAAAGAGCUGGAAGAUCUGCUGACACCCCUUGAGGAGUCUGUGAAGGAGCAGAACGGGACCAUCUACAUGCAGAAUGCAGACGAGGAGCGAGAGAAAACAUACAAGCUGGCAGAGAACAUAGAUGCCCAGUUGAAGAGAAUGUCCCAGGACCUGAAGGAAAUCAUCGAGCAUGUGAACACAUCCAGCAGCUCCUCUGAAACCAGUGACCCGGUAUCCGGGGGAUUUAAUCUUCUGCAAAUCUGCAAAAUUCUAAAUGCACACAUGGAUUCACUUCAGUGGAUCGACCAAAAUUCAGUCUUGCUGCAAAGGCGGGUGGAAGAGGUGUCCAAGCUCUGUGAGGGUCGUCGCAAGGAACAAGAAAAAAACUUUCGUAUUGCAUUUGAUUAAAAUAAACAAAAUAAUAUAUAAGCACACACAAUGGUCUCUUUAAAAUCUAUACCCAAUUUCUGUGAAAAAUAAAAAACAAUUUUAUUUGGAGUCUGUUUGAGU